AUGAAUCCGGAGGAAAGCCGUACGUUGCACCGCUGGCCGGAGAAGAGCGUUUGGUCUUUGGUAUGCGCCGUGGAGUUGGGCUUGAUAUCGGACCCCUUCCUAAACACCGCUCUGCCUUCCAGUUCGCACUUUUCCGGUGAGAACGAGUGCCCGGUCCGAGCGCCUUCGCCGGAGAACCAAGAGCCAAGGGCCGAGAGGACGCCGUUAAUAUCCAUCCAAAGGUCGUCGGAAAAAUCGUCGCGAAAGGUGGCCAACGGUGGUGGAACAACGAGGAGUCGGGGAGCCAAACCUCUGGCGAACGACUCCACGAUGGAGACGUUUUGGAAAUCCUGCAAGAGAAAGGGGAAAGGUGGAAGAGGAAAGGUGCGAACGAGCCAAGAUUCGGAGACGGGACGAGAUUUGCCUGCUUCUUCCAAGCGCAAACGCGUCGAGAACGAAAACGUGCCGCUCGAGCCGAAUCGCGUUCGGGGCCGCAAACGCUUCUCGCGAGUUCGCAAGAAACUGCAGCGCGGAAAGGGAACCGCGAGGACCACCGGCGAAAGUCCGAAGGUAGAGGCGACUAACGAACAGCCGAAGAACGAAGAACCCUCGGACCCGAGCAAAUUCGACCACGUUCACACGCUUCCGUUGGCCAAGCGGAUCUCCUCGAAGGAGCAGAACGAGCAGAACGAGCAGAACGAGCAGAACGAGCAGAACGAGCAGAACGAGCAGUGUUCGAAGGAGAGCCGGCCGCGGCUCGGACCGAACAAGGGAAAAGACUCGGAGGAGUGUGACCGGUAUCACGACGCGAGAAGAGUAACGCGAGGUUCGAGGAAAAUCAGCAGGGACCUGUCCGUCGGCAAGUUGAUAUGGGGCAGUUGUUCGGGAUGGUGGCCAGCGUUAAUUAUCGACGCCGUCCAUGUAGGAAUGUUGUCCGAGGCAGGGAAAUUAUGGGUUUACUGGAUCGGAGAAGCUCGUAUAUCAUUACUGAACGAAAAGACACAGAUCGAACCGUUCUCGUGUAACCUCAAGUCCAGAUUGACGCACAACUUGAACGUAGCACGGAUCCGUGCCAUUGACGCGACUAUGCAGAUGCUGCACAAACGAAUGGGUUGCGCCUUGACGAAGCCUUACUUCACCUGGAUCGAAAACUAUUUCUCGGACACGAUCGAAACUUUGGACCAAAUGAAAUUCUACCCGUACCCGCCUAAAAUACAACACAGGCUGGACGAUAUAAAGGAGAAAAACGCUAAAGUCACGGAGAAAUACCUGCUGGAGCAAAAGCGGGAAAAUCAAGGGAAAAAGCUGCUCGAAAAGCCGAAAGAAUCGGCGGCACAACGGAGCGACGUAGAUUUAACGCGGUUGCCGUUGAAAGAACAGAAGCCUGGAGUUAUAGCAUGGGCAAAAAUCGCCGGACACAAUUGGUGGCCAGCGAUGAUUAUCGAUUACCGCGACUGUUGCAUGCGGGAGCCAAGCUUUGGUUGCCAAUGGAUUAUGUGGUACGGCGACUACCAGCUUUCAGAGGUUCAUCAUCAGUUCUUUCUGAGAUUCGACAAGGGCAUCGAAAAAAUGCGCGACUACGUGAGUAAUACGAAGAAGCACCUUUAUCUCGUCGGAGUUCUUCAAGCCUCCAAGGAUUAUUACUUUCGCCUAGGAUUCGAAACCGGCAGCUGGACUUUGAACGACGUGUUCCAGUCUUUCUCGAAAGGCCGCCGCUCCCAAACGCCGUACCACCCGCCGAAAAAAGGCGAAUCUGUUAAGAUCUACGAUAAAUAUUCCGACUGUAUAGGGGAGAAAUUGAACGAGGUGAAGAACGAUCCGAAGAUCGACGAUAAACGGGCGGAAAAAGAUGAGAAAAACCUAGACGAUUUGCGUGCCGCGUUAAGCGGGAAAAUCGCGUUCGAGUCGUUGUGCCUCAAGUGUCUACGGGUUCCUCGCGAUGCCGCAGAGAUUCAUCCGUUCUUCGAGGGCUCUCUGUGCAAAGAUUGUUCGGACCAGUACAAACCGUGCAUGUUUGUCUUUGGGAAUGACGCGAAAUGCUUUUACUGCACGAUUUGCGCCGCCACUGGAACGGUGAUCAUAUGCGACAAAGAGGAUUGCCCGAGGGUUUACUGCACCGCUUGCAUGAAACACCUGUUAUGUCCAAACACCUACGAACAAGUGCUGCAGGAAGAUCCUUGGGAAUGCUUCCUUUGCAGAGGGCAGCCUCGAUCGUUCUACUCCGACGCGAUCGUAACGCCGCGAGCCAACUGGAAGGACAAAAUAAUCGACAUGUUCCGUACCAAUUGCAAUUCGAACGGCGUGCAACAGCUGGAACGUCGUAACCAGCUCGAGAGAAAGAUACGCGUACUCUCCUUGUUCGAUGGCCUCAGUACAGGUCUGCUGGUGCUUCUCAAGUUGGGUUUGGCCGUCGACGUGUACUACGCGAGCGAGAUCGAUCCGGACGCGUUAAUGGUCAGCGCCUCGCAUUUCGGGGACCGCAUCGUUCACUUGGGCAACGUCAAGGACAUCACCGAGGAAAAUAUCAAGGAGAUAGCGCCUAUCGAUCUAUUGAUCGGUGGAUCGCCGUGCAACGACUUGAGCUUGGCUAAUCCGGCGCGACUCGGCCUCUACGAUCCCAAAGGAACGGGAGUCCUCUUCUUCGAGUAUCGCCGAAUCUUGGAUCUACUGCGGAAGAUCAACAACGGACGCCACUUGUUUUGGCUCUACGAAAACGUUGCUUCGAUGCCGACCGAGUAUAGACUGGAGAUUAACAAGCAUUUAGGGCAAGAACCCGAUGCGAUAGACUCGGCAGAUUUCUCUCCUCAGCACAGAUUGAGGCUCUACUGGCAUAAUUUACCGAUAGAGCCGCACUCCUUAUCCCUCCAAGACGAACAGGACGUGCAGGACAUACUUACGCCGCAUUGCCAGCGUUACGCGCUCGUUAAGAAAAUUCGGACCGUUACUACGAAAGUGAACUCGCUCAAGCAAGGCAAGCUCGCUUUGAAACCGAUUCUGAUGAAGGACGAGACCGAUUCGUUGUGGAUAACCGAACUCGAAGAGAUAUUCGGCUUCCCGCGUCACUAUACGGAUGUGAAAAACUUAUCCGCCACCAAACGACAGGGAUUGAUAGGGAAAUCUUGGAGCGUGCAAACCCUCACUGCCAUUUUAAGAUCCCUUUGUCCCUUCUUCGAGUGCGAUACCGUUCCAGCAAAUUCAUCCUGA